AUGGACCUGCCGGCAAGAGCAGCCAAUCUGCUCGCCCGCGACAAGCUUGAUGACUUUGUUGAUCUGCUGUUGGAUCCCUUUGCUCAGUCGGCAAGUGCUCGCUCACAUAUCGAGAAAACGGCCUUCUGGUCUGCCUUGGGCACUUCAAUCGGUGGCUCUGCCUUGAUCGCCUGCCUGUUCUGUUUCGCUCGCCCGUACAACAGUGUCGUCUACGCUCCCCGCUCACGACAUGCGGAUUCCAAACACGCCCCACCGCCGGUCGGGAAGGGUGUCCUCGAUUGGAUCGCACCCGUGAUAAAGACAAAAGAGUUGGAAUUGGUCGACAAGGUCGGACUCGACGCCACCAUAUUCCUACGCUUCGCAAACAUGUGUCGAAACAUUUUUACCUGCAUCACUAUCGUCGGCCUGGCCAUCCUUGUCCCCAUCAAUCUGUACGAACACCGCAGCUCCAUCGGCUCCACCGACACGCAGAACUUCUUCAUCCAGUUGACGUCCCAGGGCGUUCAAGGCCGUUAUCUGUGGGGCUACGUCCUGCUCGCCUGGUUCGCCAAUUUCACCAUCGCCUUUUUCCUCUGGCGCAACUACAAGAGCGUUGCUCGCCUGCGCAGAGCUUACUUUGACAGUCCCGAGUACCAGAAGAGUCUACACUCUCGUACCCUUCUCAUCACCGAGAUUCCUAGAGGUCUGAGAACCGACGAGGGACUUGUCAAGAUUGUUACAGAAGCCAAGGACACCGGCUCAAACCCGCGUACAGCCAUUGCACGCAACGUUAAGGAUCUGCCAGAACUCAUCGACGAGCACAAUGAGACCGUCAGAAAUCUCGAGUCGGUGCUUGCCAAGUAUCUGUCCAAUCCUAAUAAACUACCAGCAAAACGACCCACAUGCUCCGUGAACAAGGCCGACCAGACCUAUCGCAAGGGCCAGAAAGUCGAUGCUAUCGAAUACUUGACUGCCCGCAUCAAGGAGCUCGAAAUGCAGAUCAAGGAGGUCAGAGAAUCUAUUGACAAGAGAAACGCCAUGUCCUAUGGAUUCGCUAGUUAUGAGUCCAUUGCCGAUGCUCAUACCGUCGCAUACAAGACACGCAAGAAGGGUCCUCAAAAGACUUCGAUUCGUCUCGCCCCUAGGCCUCAUGAUCUCAUCUGGAAGAACUUGCCAAUGACAAGCAAACAAAGAAACUGGCAUACCUUCGUCAACAACAUCUGGGUUGCUGUUUUGACUGUUGUUUGGGUUGUCCCUAACGCCUUCAUCGCCAUCUUCCUAUCCAACUUGGCCAAUCUGGGCAGAUUCUGGGAUGCCUUUGGAACCGAGUUGAAACGCAAUCCCAAGACGUGGGCUGUCGUUCAGGGUGUGUUGGCACCCGCCUUGACGUCUCUUUUCUACUACUUCCUGCCCGUCAUCUUCCGAAGAUUGAGCAACAAUGCGGGUGACUUGUCCAAGACCAGCAGAGAACGUCACGUCAUGCACAAGCUCUACACUUUCUUCGUGUUUAACAACUUGUUCCUGUUCUCGCUCUUCGCUGCCAUUUCGAGUUUUAUCUUUGCCGUCGUUAAAAGCAGUGAACAAGAGGACGCAUGGUCUGCUAUCAAAGAUGGCCAACUGCUGCAAAAGGGUAUGACAGCGCUCAACGGUGUCUCGACCUACUGGAUUACCUGGCUUCUCCAACGCAAUCUCGGUGCCGCUGUCGAUCUUGCUCAAUUUGUCAACCUUGCCUGGGGAUCGUUCUCUCGUCACUUCUUACACCCUACUCCCCGAGAGCUGAUCGAACUAAGUGCGCCGCCAAAGUUCGAUUACGCUGGAUACUACAACUACUUUUUGUUCUACUCGACGGUCGCUUUAUGUUUCGCCUACAUUCAGCCCUUGGUGCUACCUGUUGCGGCUUUCUACUUCUGGGUCGAUUCGUACUUGAAGAAGUAUCUGCUUCUGUACGUCUUCAUCACCAAGACGGAGUCUGGGGGUCAAUUCUGGAAGGUCCUGUUCAAUCGAUACAUUUUCCUCACCAUCCUGUCUGAUGCUCUGGUGGCUUUGGUCUGCGUUGGUAACACCACUUUUGGCUACACCGAGUGGCUGCCCAAGGUCUGUGCUAUUGCACCUCUACCCGUUCUCAUGUUGGCUUUCAAGUGGUGGUGCGCAAGCCACUUUGAUAACAAGCUGACCUUCUACACGACUGGAGUGACUGCAGCGGACACUGAGAACGCAGCCGAGUUGAAGAGCAAGCGUACAGACCGUGUCGGCGUUCGCUUUGGACACCCCGUACUUUACAAGCCCCUCAUCACCCCCAUGGUCUCGGCAAAAUCGAGACAUCUGCUGCCGACCAUCUAUUCUGGCCGUACGGCAGAGGUCGAUAUCCCCAUGGCUGGCUACUCGGACAUGUAUAUGGAUUCGAUGUCGCACGACGAGCCUGGUAAGACAGCAAGAGGCGAGGCACCGGCACCAUUCGAGUUUGUGUCCGAGAACCAGAUGGACUUUGAGUUCUAUAAGAACCGCCCAGAGUUCAGGGAUGUGGCCGGAGGAGAGGGAGAGCUCUACGGCAAACCUCAAGAUUUAGUGCGCAGAGGAUCGCACGGAACACUGAUGACACAAGAUGGCACGGUCAUGACGGGUUAUGACAGUCGCAGAGGAUCGGGUGACUCUGCAGCCACUCGAACAGGUGACGAGAUGGGCACGACCUACCCUCAAGGCUACCACAAGACACCUGGAGCACUUCGUGAUCAAAGCCCGGCUAGUAGUGUACGCUCGAUGGACAUCGGUAAUGCCGGUCGCCAUGCUGAUCACGAACAUCUCUUGUCGAGAGCAGCACCUAUGUCGAGAGAGGGAGUGCCAGCCCCGACACCUGGAGGAUACGGACCUCUGCGUCUGGGAGAGAUUCACACGCCUGGCGAAAGCGACCAGGAAGACACGAGUUAUGAUUAUUUCCGAAGAGGGAGGGGAUUGAACUAG